CCUGUCAAUUUGACCAGAAGGCCUUGAGGAGGUUUAACUUUGGAGUCAUUCGUCUACCUUCCUACCACUUCACGCCAUGGGUUCGCUUCAAGUGUUUGCUCUUUUCGCCUACUUUCUGGCAGCUUUCUCAACCAGAGAUUGUGCUGGUAGUGCUGCUGUUGCUCAAGACUACAUCGCUUUUGAAGGCAACGUCGAACUCUACGCUGGUGCCUAUUACGACCACAAGCUUCUCAGUAUCGACAUCUACAUGCCGAACCGGUGCUACAAUAUCAACUGCACCAAUAUCGACGAUAAGACAGCGUCAGCGAGAUGGUCCGGGCUGCCAACAACAGGAUGGGCUGGAAGGGCAUUCAUCACCUUCUACGCCGACACAGGCUGCAAGGGAAGCAAGACGUCAUCGCUAUUACCACACAAUGGUGGCGUUCGAGAGUUUGUUUCAAACGUCCAAGGUGAUAUUUCUUCCUUCAUGGUGCGAUCAGAGUCCAGGAAAAAACGACACGGAUCUGCAAAUGUUUGCGACUGGAAAGGUGCCGACGUUGACGGAGGCUCGGUGUCUGAAGCUGACAACGAUAAAAGCGUCAAAGAUGAAUCAAAGGACUGGUAA